AGGUUACAUCAUUUAAGUGUGGUGGAUUUGCAAUGGGGUUUUCAACCAAUCACAUAGCUUUUGAUGGAAUAAGCUUCAAAAGUUUCUUACAAAACUUAGCUUCUCAAGCAUUUGAUGAUACUAAGCCCUUAGCCAUUGUCCCAUGCAAUGAUCGUACCCUCCUAGCCGCUCGUACGCCUCCACGUGUCACGUUCCCACACGUAGAAUUACUCAAAUUGGAAGUCCCCAUUGGUGAAGAACUAAACCCUAAAGUAUUUGAAACCCUAGAUGAAGAACAACUUGAUUUCAAAAUCUUUAAGCUCAAUGCAAGUGACAUUACUUCUUUGAAGGAAAAGGCAAAAGAUGAAAAUGCCCCCAACGCGAAAAUUACGAGUUUUAAUGUGGUAACUUCCUAUGUAUGGAGGUGCAAGGCGUUAUCAUACGAUGUUGAGAAUAUUAAUUCGGAUCGGAUUUCAAUUGUUUUAUUCGCGGUCAACAUUAGGCCAAGACUAAAUCCACCACUGCCAGCGUCUUACGCUGGCAAUGCUGUGCUGACGUCCUACGCGUCAACAACGUGUCACGAGCUUGAAGACGGGCCUUUUAGUAAAAUUGUGGAUAUGGUGUCACAAGGGGGUAAAAGAAUGAAUGAUGAAUAUGCAAGAAGUGCAAUUGACUGGGGAGAAAUAUAUAAGGGUUUUCCAAAUGGUGAAUUCUUGAUUUCUUCAUGGUGGAAAUUAGGGUUUUCACAAGUUGAAUACCCUUGGGGGAAACCUAAAUAUUGUUGUCCUGUGGUUUGUCAUAGAAAAGAAAUUAUUUUGUUGAUCCCAAAUAUUGAUGAUGGUUCAAGCAACAACAAUGAUGGGGUUAAUAUUUUUGUUGCUCUUCCUCCCAAGCAAAUGGAGAAAUUCGAGUCCUAUUUUCACAAGUUCUUGUUGGAAUGAGAUUUAUGUAAUAUACCUAUUAUUUUGUUUUAUUUGAACAAGUUUUAUGAGCUCGGGGUAUAUCGAAAACAACCCCUCUAUUGGGUAUAUUUUACCCUCCCCGGACCCCAUUAGGUGGGAAAUUACUGGAUAUGAAUAUGUUGUUGUUGUAUUUGAACAAGUUAUAUAUAUGUUGUAAACAUGAUGAUGUGAGUGUUGAAUUUUAA